CAUGCCCAUGAGCGUGCGCGCUGGCGUUGAGCGCACCGGUAGCGCAGGAAUCUGUCGACUCCGCUAGUGCAGCGUGGUUGAGUCUACAGCGGUGACGAGCUCUGGCAGAGCGGGGCUGUCCCCUGAGUCGCGGUACUUACGCCGGGUUCCGAGGAGACUGGGUCGUGCUCGGUGUGUGGCUCGGUGUCCAGCUUUCUGACCUUACAGGUGCGCGUCCGGGAGGGCGCCCUGGAGGUGGGGCUCCCAGAAAAAAGGAGCCCAGGAAGGCCACAGGCUGCCUUCGCUUGCCAGGCACAUCGCGUGCACUGCUUAGAGCGCGUAUGUAAAGAAGGAAGCUGGUGGAGAGAGGCUGUGGGACGUGCCAAAGGUCAUCCAGCCCAGAGCGCAACCCCAGGAACCAUCCGGAAGUGGGCGGAGACCAGAAGUCUGGGAAUCCUGGCGAGGGUCUUCUCAGCAGCUGAACGAACAGGAGCGUCAGGUCCAUGCUGCUGCUGGUUCUGGCACCCAAGGCUUGGCACAGGCUCUCUCAUCUGAAGCCCCCAGCCCUCGUUUGGACCCCGGGAGGCAAGGCCGGACAUGUGAGGUGUCGGCUCCUGUCAAGGCAGGGCCCUGGAGACACAGGCAGGCCGAGCGGGCCCCAGGGCCCUGGGCUUGGAACUAGGCUGUUGAUCACCGCCUUGUUUGGGGCUGGGCUGGGUGGGGCCUGGCUGGCUGCCAGGGCUGAGAAGGAGCAGCGGCGGCAGCAACAGCGGACAGAGGCCCUGCGCCAGGCGGCUGUGGGCCAGGGGGACUUCAGCCUGCUGGACCACCAGGGACGGGCUCGCUGCAAAGCCGACUUCCGGGGUCAGUGGGUGCUGAUGUACUUUGGGUUCACUCACUGCCCCGACAUCUGCCCAGACGAGCUGGAGAAGUUGGUGCAGGUGGUACAGCAGCUGGAGGCUGAGCCCGGCCUGCCCCCGGUGCAGCCUGUCUUCAUUACUGUGGACCCCGAGCGGGACACUGUCGCAGCCAUGGCCCGCUACGUACAGGACUUCCACCCACGGUUGCUGGGCCUGACCGGUUCUGCUGAGCAGGUGGCCCAAGUGAGCCGCAGCUACCGCGUGUACUACAGCGCGGGCCCCAAGGACGAGGACCAGGAUUACAUCGUGGACCACUCCAUUGCCAUCUACCUGCUCAGCCCUGACGGCCUCUUCACAGACUACUACAGCCGGGCCAGAUCAGCAGAGCAGAUCGCAGACAGCGUGAGGCGCCACAUGGCUGCCUUCCGCAGCGUCCUGCACUGAACCAGGUCAUUAAAAAGGGUGUGAUGGA